GUGAGUGUCGCUCUCGUCGCUGUGUAGAAUAAUUUAUAUGAGACAAGGGAGGCAUUUUCUGACUGGUGGCUCUAUAGAAGACUCAACGACUCAAGGUUGGAGGACUCCUGCGCCUUGGUCUGUGAUAGGGGUCCCGUGAACGGAUUUGAUCUUUAUUUUCGACAGGUUGGACGAGUGCACGAGCGCAAUGUGGAAACAAUGUAUCCAAACAUGCAAUCCUGAACUCUUAAGUGGCCAUAGACCUCAACGCGUAUGAUGAUCUGUCUAUGGAGAGAAGAGCAGGGUGCAAGCCACCAAAGAAGCACCAAGGACUCCCGAUGUGUUGUUGUCUGAGAAAUGAUAACAAAUGAACGACUCGGAAAGGAACAUGGUUGAAAGGACCAGUAAAUUUCUGUUGAUCGUCGUCGGAUCAGUGUUCUUCAUGCUGAUUUUGUAUCAGUACGUGGCGCCCGGAGUGAUCAACUUCGCAUCCCCACACGGGUACCUUCUGGGCGAGGAGGACAUGACUAUUUUCCCCACUCCGGAUCCCCACUAUGUGAAAAAGUACUACUUCCCUAUAAAAGACCUAGAACGCAAUAUAGAUUUUGAAAUAAAGGGAGAAGACGUGAUUGUGUUUCUCCACAUUCAAAAGACCGGUGGGACCACCUUUGGAAGGCAUCUGGUCCAAAAUGUUCGGCUGGAGCUGCCGUGUGAUUGUAGACCGGGGCAGAAGAAGUGUACUUGCUACCGUCCGAACAGAAAGGAGACCUGGCUGUUCUCGCGAUUCUCCACCGGCUGGAGUUGCGGGUUACACGCGGACUGGACCGAGCUCACCAACUGCGUACCGGGAGUACUCAACAAAAAAGAGAGCAAAUCGAAAAAAUUGAGAAAAUUCUACUACAUCACUCUGCUGAGGGACCCUGUUUCCCGCUACCUAAGCGAAUGGAGACACGUCCAGCGGGGCGCGACUUGGAAGACUUCCUUGCACAUGUGUGAUGGACGAACGCCAACGCCCGAAGAGCUACCACCCUGCUACGAGGGCACCGACUGGUCAGGGUGCACACUGCAACAGUUCAUGGACUGCCCCUACAACCUUGCCAAUAACCGACAAGUCCGUAUGCUUGCUGACCUCAGCCUGGUGGGCUGCUACAACCUCUCCACAGUGCCCGAGAAGAGGCGUUCCCAGCUCCUUCUGGAGUCGGCCAAGAAAAACCUGCGAGACAUGGCUUUCUUCGGCCUGACAGAGUUCCAGCGAAAAACACAGUACCUGUUUGAACGCACCUUCCACCUCAAGUUCAUCCAACCAUUUAUGCAGUUCAACAGCACACGGGCGGCUGGCGUGGACCUGGAUAACGACACGAUACAGCGAAUAGAGGAGCUAAACGAUCUCGACAUGAGGCUGUACGACUACGCCAAAGACCUGUUUCAGCAGCGCUAUCAGUACAAGCACAUGUUGGACCGUCGGGAGCAAAGACUACUUAGAGGCCAUGCGUCUUUCCAUAGCCCUUUCCGAGAGGAAGGAGCCGGGGGAGAGGGCACUGCACGGUUGCCAACCGAGGACUACGUGAACCACAUUAUCAACGGAUGGUAACCACCCACCCCUCUCCAGAGAUAGAGAAAGAAAAGAGAAACAGUAACAAGGAGAGGGGAAUAAAUAGGCCCAGGUGGAAUACCCAUUCCCAGUCGGGAGAGGUCAACGUUUUGCACAUCUCUCCCAUUGUUUGGUCGUGAACACUCAAUACGAGCUGUCAUUUGGGACCAGAGGACGUUCUGUUAAAAGAAAAAGGAUUCUGAGUGCUUUUUUCAAACUGCAGCAUUUCAUAGGCUUUUUUUAACAAAAGUUACAGCAUAAUGAUGAUAAUACAUUAUUUUACAAACGUCCAUCCAAGAAAGGUUCUCUGGACUUAAGUGCUGCAGCGUUUCACAUAAGAGGAACUGAAGUGAAGGUACUGGUAUUAUAUUACCUGAGAAUACCGGAGAGUCACAUGAAUAUCUGAGAAUCAAUGGACUUUGAUGAAAAUGAGAAGAGAUUGUUUUUUUAUAUAUCUAUAAAUAUGUAUAAAUCUUAGAUUACCUUUUUUAAAACAUGGUGUGAAGUGCAGCCAGUCACAAGUGAUUGAAAAUUACUAACAGGUGUUGUGACAGAGUAUGUUUUUUGUUGUUGUUGUUGUUGUUUUUUGAUAGAUACAUCUUAAUAUAUAACACAAGUUCUCCCUUUCUCAUUUGUGUUUUUAUCUUUUUGCCCUUUGAGUGUGUCAAACAGAGUCCCACAUGCCUUUAAGAUUGUGUUCAAUGGAAAGCCAGUCCUGAUAGUCACAUUAACUCACAUAAAACCCAGUGAGCUGAGUCCAUAGGCCCGGCGUGAAGUCUGUUCCAAAUGGAAGGUUACUUAAUUAUGCUGCCUCCUAAGGUACCUUGUUUUGUCCUAAUUCGAGCAUCAUCUUAUGUAUCCAUCACAUACAAGACAGUCCCAUCAUGGACUGCAAUGAGCUUGGUAAAAAAGUAAAUCCAAGAUGGAAGACGUGGUGUAGUGGUGGUGGCGUAGUGGGCUAAAGCACAUAACUGUUAAUCAGAAGAUCGCUGGUUUGAUCCCCACAGCCACCACCAUUGUGUCAUUGAGCAAGGCACUUAACUGCUCCGGGGGGGGAUUGCCCCUGUAAUAAGUGUACUGUAAGUCGCUUUGGAUAAAACCAUCUGCCAAAUGCAUAAAUGUAAAUGUAAAUGGAAGAUGAAGUAAAACAAGUUUCUACUCAAUUUCAUGACAAAUCUGAAAAAAGAUGAGAUGAGAUGGCGAAAUUGUAAGAAACCGUAUGAGUUGGCUCAUACAAAACAUAUGACUUCUUCUGUUGUGUAUCACAGAAGAGAAAAAGCAGGGUUUUAAAGUAACUUUUUGAUGAUAAAUCUUAAGUUUAACCCUGAACAUAUCCAUAAAGUGUAAAACCUACCCAAACCCUAAACCCAACCGUGAUUUUAAGAGAAAUAUCAUGUUGUGUACCACGGAAGAAAGAAAAGGGCAAUUUUGGAUGGAUAUGAGGGAGUUAUAUUACAGGUUAUUCACAUGCAUAUUUUUAUUGCACAAUUAGUAACUAAAUUUGUUGUAAAAGAAAGUGUUGGAUAGAAAGUUAACAAAAAUGUGAUGCAUGUAUUGUAUCGAUUUGAAACGGUGUUUGUUCAUUGGCAGGUAAAUGGUCUGCACUUUUUUAACCUUAGCAGUUACCAAAGCACUUUACACUGUGUCCCAUUCACUAAUAUGAUGGCAGAGCUGCCAUGUAAGGCACUAGCCUGCCGUUGGGAGCAACUUGGGGUUCAGUGUCUUGCCCAAGGACACUUCGACAUGUGCAGUCACGUGGGUCAGGAGUCAAAUCACCAACCCUUUGAUUAAUGGCCGACCCACUCUACCACCUGUGCCACAGCCGCCACAUACAGGUGUGUAUGUGAAUAAAAGUCAUACUUUUAUGUACAAGGCAAAUUGUAUGAAAUAGUAAAGUUUCGCCAUGUCAUACGAAUUGUCUUCAGACUAUUGGAAAUUUGAUUAGAAACAUAUACAAAUAAAAGUAUUGAUAACAAAAGUUCAAAAGAAUAGAAAAUUCACUAUUUUACCUAAAAUCUCUGUGUGCUGUGCAUAUUUAAACCAUUGCUCCUCUCACGUCACCUGUAUUGGAAUACAUUUUUAGUCAAGUCUCCUAUGCGCUUCGCACACUGACUGCUCGUGUUGAAUUUCCCGCAAUGUAGAUCAUUCCAGACCAGUCUCUUAGACCCCAGUUUAAAACUGGUGUUAAGAUGCGUUCGGUAAUCCGAUCACAUGUGGUCCAUGCUAAAUACAGGUCUAAACGGGUCUAAAAAAAAUUGUUAUCAGAUAACAAAAAACACUUUGCUGGUUAUGAACGGCUUUAAAACCCUUACGCUUGCACGUAAAAAAUAAAUAAAUAAGAGGAUACAUACAAAAGCACGAGAUCAUCAUGGUUCUUCUUUAGUGUGUCUCAUAUAAACACAGAUGAGAAGCAUGAAUAACUGGACCUCCUUUAAUACAGGUAAUUCACUAAAAUAACAGAAUUCUGCUCGUAAUUUUGUGUUUGUGCUUAGAUUAAAUUUCAUCUGCAUUUGGGAGAAACAGUGCGUCAGUUUGAAUUGUGUUUCUGUGUCUUUUAUGACUUUUUGUGGUUUAGUAUCAUGCAGUAACACACUGACGUACUGAUUGCGCAGUAUGUUGUCAUGAAUCAGAGACCCACCCCUCGAAAUUUGAACACAAAUGGUCACAGGAGACGCAUUUAAGCAACCAGGUGUUAACAUGGAUUUGUCUCACCUGACCACAUGUUGUCAGAUCACCCGAGACGCAUCUUAAUACUAGGUGUAAACGGGGUCUUAGAGGCGUGUUCUGAAAUAUUCUUGUUUAUGUCGCGGUGGCACCUAGUGCUGUAGAUGAUGGGCCGCGCACAAACUGACUUUCUAGGCCACCGAUGUCAUUUCCUUUCAAACAUGAUUAAUUUAUUUAGUGAAUUAACGUGUUCAGUUUGAUGGAUUUAUCAAGAUGAAGUGAGUAUCAUUCGGCUGGCCAUAUGAUCACCACAUGGAGGCACUCAUGAAUGUGCACCCAGCAUCAUAUGUAGAAUAAAGCAGCUAUUUCUCAAACUCUUGUAUGACGUCUUUAUCUCGUGAGUGUACAUAAUUAAAAAAAAAAUAAAAACACUAUUCUACUAUUAUUAUUUAUUUCUGUUGAAAAGUUUAGCACCUUUAAGAGUUUCAAUGUCGGUUAUAAUUCUGCCAUAGAAGGCAGCUGACUAUGUAGGUAGGAGGCAGCAAGACAGCUAGGUUUUGGAACAGAUCCAUUGUAUCCAACUGUCAUUAAACCUGUACCGACUAUGUCCUUGUGUACAAUUUAUUUUAAGCAUGUGCUGAUUUAUACAGUGUGUACUGUACGUGUUUGUUUUUGCACAUUUACAUUUGCUGUGAGAUUAAUAAUUUUACCCAUAAUGCAAUGCAGUAUGCCCUUCACAUUUUGCAUCUAAAAUGAUUUACCUUAAAUGAACAAAAUUGUUUGAACAGCGCUCUUAUUUAUUCCUUCUGAUUAUGUUUUGUGUCAUUGCUCUUGUUAAAUGUAGAGUUCGUGAACAUAUCGAAUGUGUUACUUGAACUUCCACUGAGCAUGUUGGGGCCUGAUAUCUCUCACAGAUCUUGUUUGAUUCUGCAUUUGUUAUGGAUGUCUACAGAGGCUCUUUAUCUCCCAUCUUCACACCUCUUUUCAGCUGAUACUCAAAAUAAACAGACCACUAUGGAAACCAUGUUUAUACCCAUAUGAUAAAGUCUUGUGGCAAAGGAGUGAAUAAUUGGAUCAUGUGCUGUGUCUGGGUCUCAAGCUGUCAGAAUACGGAAGGAACCCAGCUUUAAUCAAGAGAAUGGAGAGGAAAAUGUGACAUGACGUUUGAAAGUGUGUGUGUUUGUGUGUAUACGUUCAUGUAUACAAAUGUACAUGAUCAUGGGCUUUUUUUUUGGUUGCAAACUGGUGAUUGAUAUAAAUGUGAUUUAUGAAAAUACAUUUGAAUCCCCAUAAUUCAAAUCACUUUAAAAACAUACUAAUUAGUUUUUUUUGAAAAUGUAAAAAUGCAGAAAGAUUUUGUGAGGGUUAGGUUUAGGAUUAGGGGAUAGAAUCAAUAGUUUAUACAGUGUAAAAAUCAUGUCUAUGGAGAGUCCUCAUAAGAAUAGCCACACCAGUGUUUGUGUGUGUGUGUGUGUGUGUGUGUGUGUGUGUGUGUGUGUGUGUGCGUGUGUCUGUGUGUGCACAAACUCAUUUGAGGUGUCUCCAGUUUGCUUUCCAGCAAUGUUCAUUACUGUGAGUAUUUCUGUUAUUCAUGACACCUGGAUCUUUAAAAUUACCAAUAAAAAAGACA